CUAGCUCAGUGGAGCGGGAGUAGUGAUUAUCUCCAACCAAACCAUUUGCUCAUGGCUGCUCCUCCUAGCGCGUCCAUCCUCGUCGGCCCGGUCCCGUUCAAGGACGUCGUCGGCGACGACGACGACAACGGAGCCGCCCCACCGGACGAGUACGACGACAUCGUCUCCGCCCUGCCGACCAGCACAACGAUCGGCUUGCGUCACUACCACGGCGCCUGGGUCAGCGAGUGGAGGGUCCGGGGUGUCAUCUCCGCCCAGCGACGCUUCGUCCCGCGCCCCGGCGACAUGCUCCUGGGCAGCCCGCCCAAGUGCGGCACCACGUGGCUCAAGGCGCUGUCCUUCGCUGUCAUGGCGCGCGACGCGUACCCGCCCGGUGCCGACGGGCACCCGCUCCGCCGCCUCAACCCGCACGACUGCGUCCCCUUCAUGGACGAGCUGUUCAGCGCCGGGCAGCAGGCCAAGCUGGACGCGCUGCCGUCGCCGAGGCUCAUGAACACGCACAUGCACCACUCCCUUCUCCCGGCCUCCGUCGCCGACAACCCCGCCUGCAAGAUCGUCUAUGUCUGCAGGGAGCCCAAGGACAUGGUGGUCUCGAUGUGGCACUUCCUCCGCGGCGCCUGGCGGUUCACCUUCGCUGAGCUAUUUGAGUGGGCUUGCGAGGGGAAGACGCCCAACGGGCCGGUAUGGGAGCACAUCCUCGGGUACUGGAGGGCGAGCAGGGCCGCGCCGGAGAGGGUCAUGUUCCUGAGGUACGAGGAGAUGCUCGCGGAUCCCAUCGGCCACGUCCGGGAGCUGGCGCGGUUCCUCGGGCGGCCCUUCUCGGCCGCCGAUGAGGCGGCGGGGCUGCCGGCGAGCGUCGUGGAGCUGUGCAGCUUCGAAGCUCUGAGAGGCGUGAGCGCCCGGAGCGCGGGGUCUUGCAGCGGCUCGCGCGUCGAGUUCUCGCACCAGUCCUACUUCAGGAAAGGGGCGGUGGGGGACUGGACCAACCACAUGACGGCAGACAUGGCGCGCCGCUUCGACGCCAUUGUUGAGGACAAGCUCCGUGGGUCGGGUCUCGCUUUCAACUGACUCAUCGUUCCCCAACUUUGAGCCGAGGUUGGACUUGAAAACGAGCAUUUGGACGGCUUACUUUCAAUAAACAUUGUGUAUGUUUUAUAUUUCAAUAGCACAUAAUUGAGUUGGUGAAGGUAGUUCGACUGUCACUCCACCAAAGGUAACUUGUACAAAUCCUAUUAAAACAAGCAACUUACAAACAGUGGGGCAUCUCCUCGUCAUUUUUCACUAUUCUAUUCUAGAGCAAAACAAAACAUAUAAGUUGUGGCUAGAUCUCAGUCGACUCAAACUUAACAAAGUCUCAGUCAAAUGACAGAACAUAUAGAAAAAGAAAAAAAAGAUUUAAAAGAAAAUUUUA